UCCCGGCCCUUCGCCCACGUGAACUCCACCAUCCUCCACCCCUGAGACACGGACUAGGGGGACUGGCUAGAUGUCCUGCUCCAGGCCAGGGACCACUUGGGGCGCAGGAAGGAGUAUGGCAGGGAUUUCCUGAGGGCCCGGAUAUCCUCCCCAGCCCUGAAGGCCGGUGCCUCGGGGAAGGUGACUGAUUUUCACAAUGGCACCUAGCUGGUCAGCUUCACCCUGUUCUGGGAGGGCCUGGCCUCCCUGUCUGUCUUGCUCAUCCACCCCAGCGAGGGUGUGUUGACUCUCUGGAGGGCCAGGAACCAAGGCUAUGACAAGGUGACUUCCACGGGCCAUUUUGUCAGUGGUACCUCCCAGGUCUCUGAAUGUGGCCCAACCAUAAUCUCAAACACUGAGCUGUGCCCCUAUUUGAACACUCAGACUGAGAAGCUUUUAUACUGUGUGAGACCCCAGCUGCUCUGAGAGGCUCUGACCCACGUGACCACUGGGAAGAGCACUGUGUCCCAUCUGAGAAAGGAGUGUAUUAAUGUGUUUUCUAUCAGCCCUAUGGAGUUGGGAAUAUAGAAAAAACACGUGCUUCUGGAUGUGGGAGGACAUAUUUGGAUGCAGUUGAAAAAGCACAGACAUUCUCCCAUUACCAAAACGCUAUUCUCAGUGAAAGAUGAAACCUACAUCCCCAGGGAAAUUGACCAGGUAACUGGAGACUCAGACAUAGCUGUUGCCAUCACUUUUGGCCAGCACUUCACAACCUUUCCCAUGGACACUUUUAUACACAGUAUCAUCAGUGUUGAAAGGGCUAUUGAACAAGCUGUUAUUGUGGAGACCACAGUGGUCCUUAAAACUAAAAUUACUAGAGAGAGCUUUCCCACUGCAGAGUGGUUUGGUGACUUCACGGUUAUAUCCAGAAUUUUUUCUGAGGGAGAUAGUUUUGUGGAUCUCAAUGUAGGGAUUAUUGAUGUGCAGGAUGUGACUAAUUCCUAUGGCACUUAUAAUGCUCAUCCAUUGAACUACAUGACUGGAAAUCAGAUUAGCAAAUAUAAUUUCAGGCAUGUCAGAGGGGAAAAAAUGACAAAAAUACAGCACCAGCCACUAUAUGACUUCGCUUACACUACAGGAAUAGUUUUGUACAAUCUAAGUUAG